CAUUGUUUUUAAAAGAAGGCCGGCCUUUACACAAUCGUAUAGCCAAUAGGUAUCGGAAGAAAUUUCGGGUGGAACCGUUGUGAAAAAUACGAUUGUUAAUCCAGUAUUCAAAACGCAAUAGUUUCUAAUAAUGUCCAAGAUAUUUGCUCGUGUUAUUUUGCAACAUAGCAAAGGGAUUGGUUAUCCGAAUGUUUACAACAGAGCAUGGUUAAAUGGCACAUUCCUACGAACAACAGCAACCAAACGGUCCACUGAUCCGAUGAAAGGAAAAGGUCCUAUUACUUGGAGAAGCUUUGCAUUUAUUGCUACAGCUGGCCUUGGAAGUCUCGGCUUCAUGUGGUAUUUAAAGGAUGAGAAGGAAAAAGCUUUGUUGAAGGAAAGGAAAAGACAGCUAGGAAAAGCGGCAAUCGGAGGUGCCUGGGAAUUGAUGGACACCGAAGGAAAUAUUCGAAAGUCUGCCGAUUUUCUUGGUCAGUGGCUACUCAUUUAUUUUGGUUUCACGCACUGUCCUGACAUUUGUCCGGAUGAGCUUGAGAAAAUGGCAGCUGUUGUAGAUGGUUUGGACAAAUUGGAAGAAGCUGAUCCAGUUCAACCACUUUUCAUUACUGUGGAUCCACAGCGAGAUACAAAGGAACUUGUUGGAAAGUAUGUGAAGGAGUUUCAUCCCAAGCUACUCGGUCUGACGGGCACCGUUGAUCAGAUUGCACUAGUGUGUAAGGCGUUCCGCGUUUACUUCAGUGCUGGACCUAAGGAUCAGGAUGAAGAUUAUAUAGUGGAUCACACGAUCAUUAUGUAUUUGGUGGAUCCCGAAGGCCAGUUUGUAGAUUACUACGGGCAAAACCGCGACAAAGAACAGGUAAAAAGUUCGAUACUUAUUAAUAUGGCAAAGUUUAAACAGGCACACAAAAAAACGUGGUUUUAGAAAUGAGUCAUAAUGAAUAGUUGUUGAUAUAUUA